AUGGGCAUAACAAGACAAUCUACAAGAUUUCAUAAGCCCAGUUUAUCAACUAUAGAGACUUGGUUCUCAAUCAAACUUGUGUUCCACGUUGGGGAUUCUUUGAUCUUCGAACACAAUCACAACCUCAACGACGUCACUCAAGUCUCCGGCGCUUUGGAAUACGAGUUCUGCGACUCUUCUUCUCCUAAAGCCGUCUACAACCCUGGACACGAUAUCAGUUGGUGUGGCUCCAAGGGAUGGAGUGUUCCGCAAGAAAGUUACUUUUAUUACAGAUGGAGUGAGAAGACGCAGUUUCCGAUCGGAGACAGUCUUCUUUUCGAAUACGACAACGAAGUCAACGACGUCUUAGAGAUCAGCGGGGACCUUGAAUUCAUAUCCUGCUACCCGAUUUCUCCCGUAGCCGUGCACAUGACAGGCCACGAUCUCGUCACGCUCACAGAACCAGGAGUCCAUUAUUUCAUUAGCUCUAAGACUCCAGGUCACUGUUACGCUGGGCUUAAGCUACGAGUCGUGGUCGGACCACUCACCAAAGCCGUACCUGUCCCCAAUGUUCCGACGAAGAAGAUAGAGUUGUCACUUAUGGACCGCUUCAACAGAUGGUUACGCACCUUCGGACCUCAACCCCAUCAUUAA